UCUUUUUACUUCCUGUUUGCCGGCUCGCCAGCUUGCGAGGUUUCCGACCGUUCCGAAGCCAAAAGAGCCGAAAGGACGGACGGCAAAGCUCUACCGGACCGCACGUUUGACUGAAGCCUGGCGAGGGGCGCGCGCUCAAGAUGCCGUCGAUGCCAACGUCACCCAACCAUCGACAUGGUCGUACACAAGACCCAAAAGCCUCCAAGGAGACUUCGGCACUUGGGUUCUGUCGUGAAGGCCGCUCGAGCGGUGCAUUUGGACUUUUGGCGUCGGUGUGACUUCUAAUUGGGGUUUGAAGUUGUUUCUUGACUUUUACACCCUGCGGCAGUUUCUGAUGCUAAUGCUAAUUAGCCUUGUGUGAAUGUUGCGCUCGGACAUUGUGCUUCCGGUUGGCUCGACGCUCCUUUGAUGACGUCGGUGUGCCAUGUCUGCCCCGGCUCGCGCCGCGCCCAGCGCGCCCUCUCCCGCCUCGCUCUGCUGCUGCCGCAAGUCUCCGUCCUCAGGGGGGCGCUGCGUCGGGGGCUCGGCCGUCGACGGCGGGUCCGGGCGCCGCGCGCCCGCUGACGUGGCGUCGGCGUCUAACUUGGUGAACUUUCAUCUCCGUCACUUUCACUUGGACCUGCGCGUCAACUUCGCGCUGAAGGAGAUGAGCAGCUGGCUGGUCCUGGACCUGGUGCCCCUGGUUCCGGGAGUCCGGACCCUGGUGCUGGACGCGCACCCGUCCUUGCUGGUGCACGCCGUGGACUGCCAGACGAGCGGCGGCCGGGAGGCCGCCUCCCUCGCCUUCCGCCUGGAACCCUUCGCCGAUUUUGGUUCCGCCCUCAACGUCGACCUACCUGACUCCGUUGAGACCGGGACGCACAUGCGGGUCACUGUCAGGUACACGGCCACCGACGGGCCUGCGAUGUGGUGGUUGGACUCCGAGCUGACGUGCGGUCAAGCUCACCCUCUGCUCUUCACUCAGGGUCAUUCGGUGUCCAAUCGUUCCUUCUUCCCGUGUUUCGACUCUCCGGCCGUCAAGAGCACGUACACGGCGGCCGUUCGCGUUCCGGACGGGGUGACAGUUCUGAUGAGCGCGUCCCGUAGUUGGUACUCCAAAGCGGAGCGCGUGUUCCACUUUUCCAUGGACGCGCCUGUGCCCGCCUACCUGGUGGCGCUGGUGGCAGGAAACCUCCGGCACGCGGACGUCGGACCCAGGAGCCGCGUCUGGGCUGAGCCUUGUCUGCUGUCGUGCGCCGCCAAGAAGCUAGGGGGCAGCGUGGAGCGGUGGCUGACCAUCGCGGAGGGACUCUUUGGACCGUACCUGUGGGGGAGGUGCGACCUGGUCUUCCUGCCGCCGGCGUUCCCCAUCGUGGCCAUGGAGAACCCGUGCCUGACGUUCAUCAUCGCGUCCAUCCUGGAGAGCAGCGACUUCCUUCUGAUCGACGCGGUCCACGAGAUCGCGCACGCUUGGUUCGGCAACGCCGUCACCAACGCCACCUGGGAGGAAAUGUGGCUGAGCGAAGGCCUCGCCACCUACGCUCAGCGUCGGAUCACCACCGAGGCCUACGGCGCUGCGUUCACGUGUCUGGAAAGUGCCGUACGAUUGGACGCUCUGCACAGACAGCUGCGGCUGCUCGGCGACGACAACCCAGUCAGUCGUCUGCAAGUCAAACUGGAGCCCGGCGUGAACCCGAGCACGUUGAUGAAUCUUUUCACGUACGAGAAAGGUUUCUGCUUCGUGUCGUACUUGUCGUCGCUGUGCGGGGACGUCGGACGCUUCGACGGAUUCCUGCGGGACUACAUCGGCCAGUUCAAGUUCCGGAGUGUGGUGGCUCAGGACUUCCUGGACUUGUUCCUGGCCACCUUUCCCGAGGCGGCGCAGGAGGAAGGUGUGGAUUUCCAGCGCUGGUUGACGGGCUGCGGGGCGCCGCCGUGCGAACCGGACCUGUCGGCGGGCGCCGCCCUGAUCCAGCCGGUCCGGGACCUGAUAGGCGUGUGGACCCGCGGGCGCGCCCCCGACCCGCCGGAGGAGACGGACGUGGCGGGUUGGAGCACCUUCCAGGUGGUUCUGUUUCUGGACAGCAUGCUGGACCAGGCGCCCCUGCCGCACGAGGUGAUGCUACGUCUGCGCGCUCGUUACGCGUCGCUGUUGGACGAGCUCAACGCGGAGGUUCAAGUCCGCUGGCUGCAGAUGGUGGCCAGGAGCCUCUUCUACCCCGACGUGCCUCGACUCAACCGCUUCUUACGCAAACACGUACACGUCGCGCAUGUACACAGUGCCCCUGUACGAAGACCUGGCGACGGGCGCCAUGCGCGACGUGGCCGUGGAGGCCUUCCGGCAGACCCGGCGCCGUCUUCACCCCAACCUCCGGCGGAGUCUGCAACAAAUCCUCUGGCGGGGGCAAGGGGACGCCGACCCGCCCCCGAGACCCCUCGACGCCGACCCCGUGGUCUCUUUAAGAGACGUCGACGUUUCGGCGUGAGGGAGACGCGGACGUCCCAAAACGACAAAGGAGAUCGGGGUGACGACAGAGAAAGGGCAACCUUUUUCUCUCUGUCCUCUUUUUCCUCUUUCCCGUCCGUCCUUUGGGCUUUGAGCAGCCGAUUUCUUGGGCGGGGGUCAGUUUUGAAUGCCCUGGCACAGGAUUUUUACGUCGUGGGCCGGAUCGGGUUUGAGGCGGGCUUCAGUUUUUCUCCUUAAUUAGCGCCACCCGCAGUCGUAAUGACGACCUUUUCUCUCUCGAGCUUUCCGACGCGGUUGUGGUGGACAACGAUGCAUUCGCUGUGGCUGGGAGCUUUCGCUUUGGGAGAAUUUGGACUCCCGAGGCCGAUGGAGCCUUCUUCAUCCCGCGCACGCUGCAAAGAAAUGGCAAAUUCCGAGCUGUCUUUGAAUGCUUCUUCGCUCGAAGCAAAGGGCGAGUUUCUUUUGUGCAAAUAAAAGUUGGAAACCAAACUGGGAUGACCUUUCACUGACUUCCUAAACUAAUCUUCACGCGGAUGUCAAAUCUUCGACACGGCGACCGCCGCCCCCCCUCCCGCGACCCGCCCCGAGGCGUCCGAGCGAGCCGCCGCAUCUUCCGCCCCAGUAAAGCUCUUUACGUUGCGCCGGGCCGCCGCCCUCUCCCGUUGGCUGUGCCGAGUCACGUGACCGGGCCGCUAUUGUUGGGCGCGCCAAAGUCUGCACGCACGCAAUUUUGCGCAUGAAAGCGAAUCCAGCGGCGAUGA